AACCGCGCACUCUCCAUCCGAUCGCGACGCGACCAAGGCCAUGGCCGUCCCCGGUUCAACAUCUCUACGCUGCGGGGCAACAUGGCGCCCGAGCUAAGCCGCAAGAUGGGCCGGCUGGUGAAGAGCGAGAACACCGCCAUCGGCGCCUACGAGGCCGCGGGCCGCGAGCGCACCUCCAUCGCCGCACAGCUGUCCGACUGGGGCGAGGCGACCGAUGACGACGCCAUCUCCGACAUCUCCGACAAACUGGGCGUCAUGAUGGCUGAGAUGGGCGAGCAGGAAGACGUCUUCGCCGCCAACCUGGAAGACUACCGCGGCGUCCUGAAGCAGAUCCGUAAUAUGGAAAGCUCGGUCCAGCCCUCCCGCGACCAGCGCCAGAAGGUCACCGAUGAGAUCGCCAAGCUCAAGUACAAGGAUCCCACCAGUACCCGGCUUGUGACGCUGGAGCACGAGCUUGUGCGCGCCGAGGCGCAGAACUUGGUUGCUGAGGCGCAGUUGUCCAAUAUUUCCCGCCAAAAGCUCAAGGAAGCCUUUGACAUCCACCUGGCGGCGGUGAUCGAGCGCGCCGAGAAGCAGACGAUCCUCGCCCGGCAUGCCCGCCGCCUGCUGAACUUCAUCGAUGACAGCCCCGUCGUGCCCGGUGACUCCCGGCAGGCGUAUGAGCACGAGCUCGCCGCGCGCAAGGUUCUGGAUGAUGCCGAGAAUGACAUGCGUGCGUGGCAGCCGUCCGUGGAGCCCAUUGCCACCGCGACUGGCGCGGAGGGCUUGCAGGACCGCGACUCCGAUGGCUUGACCACUGGCUCGGGCGACGUGGAGGGCGUUUCCUUCGCCGAAACCUCUACCAAGACUGCGAAGAGAGCGGAAGCAUCGGGGUCCGGUGCACUCAAUCCUGAGCCGAUUCCUGCCUAA